GUUGCCACGAGAGACUAUAGUGCUGCAACAAGAGACAAGACACGUCUUGGAUCACAAAUAGGAUCAGUGCGCAUGCUCCGUCUGUUCCGUUUACUGUAUAUUCACUGUGGUAAAAGGGCAGGCAGGCAACAAACCAAGCUUUUUACAGAAAAGUGKCUUCUACAAUGUAAAUACGCUCCAGGGAAACCAAAAGGAAUAUCAACAGGUAUUUUUAGGUGUGAUGAGACAAAAGAACAAAGGAUGCCGUAGAAGAGAGGCUGCUUACAAGCCGGGAAUCUGCUUCAAAGCACAACAAAUGGAUCUAUCGCCUCCCCCUGCCGCCUCUAGAUAAUGAUACUUGGCUGAAGCUACUACAUCUUUAUGAUCCCUCCUCCAUCUAUGGCGAACUAUAGCCAUGCAGGGGACCACAACAUCUUGCAGAAUGUCUCUCCUCUCGCCACGUUUCUYAAACUGACRUCCCUGGGUUUUAUCAUUGGAGUCGGCGUCGUUGGCAACCUCCUGAUCUCCAUCCUACUGGUCAAAGACAAGAGCCUGCACCGUGCACCGUACUACUUCCUGCUGGACCUGUGCGCCUCGGACAUYCUGCGCUCYGCCAUCUGCUUCCCCUUYGUYUUCACCUCYGUCAAGAAUGGUUCCACCUGGACGUACGGCACSCUUACCUGCAAAGUGAUAGCCUUCCUGGGGGUGCUGUCCUGCUUUCACACAGCGUUCAUGCUCUUCUGUGUGAGUGUGACACGCUACCUGGCCAUAGCCCACCACCGCUUCUACACCAAGAGGCUCACCUUCUGGACGUGUCUGGCAGUUAUCUGCAUGGUGUGGACGUUGUCGGUGGCCAUGGCCUUUCCCCCGGUGCUGGACGUGGGGACGUACUCCUUCAUAAGGGAGGAGGACCAGUGUASGUUCCAGCACCGCUCGUUCAGAGCCAACGACUCCCUGGGCUUCAUGCUGCUCCUCGCCCUGAUCCUUCUGGCCACCCAGCUUGUCUACCUCAAGCUAAUCUUCUUCGUCCAUGACCGACGGAAGAUGAAACCGGUCCAGUUCGUGCCUGCCGUCAGCCAGAACUGGACCUUCCAUGGCCCCGGGGCCAGCGGCCAAGCAGCGGCUAACUGGCUGGCGGGGUUCGGCAGGGGCCCCACCCCGCCCACMCUGCUGGGGAUCAGGCAGAACAGCAAUGCAGUGGGCCGGCGACGCCUGCUGGUGCUGGACGAGUUUAAGACUGAAAAGAGGAUAAGUAGGAUGUWCUUCAUCAUGACCUUCUUCUUUCUCACGCUCUGGGGCCCCUACCUAGUGGCCUGCUAUUGGAGGGUGUUUGCCAGGGGCCCCGYGGUACCAGGGGGGUACCUGACCGCGGCGGUGUGGAUGAGCUUCGCCCAGGCGGGAGUCAACCCCUUUAUCUGCAUCUUCUCCAACAGGGAGCUCCGGCGCUGCUUCAGCACCACUCUCCUUUACUGCAGAAAAUCCAGGUUACCUAGGGAACCUUACUGCGUUAUAUGAAGGCUUGGGUUGUUUUUUUCCUUCCACUCCUCCACUGAUUGACAUCAAUUUGGGUUUUGUCCCAUUGUACAGCUCUCUUUCUCUUCAUCCUCCUGUUCCUCCUCCCCUCUCUUCUGAGGCAGAAGUUGGACUGUCAAUCACUCCCUUGGUUCUGUGAUUGAACAUCAUACAUGGAGGUUGAAGGGAAUGAAAUAAGCAGGUAGCUGAGAACCCUUCCUAUGUUUAUGUUCUAGUAAACAACUGCUGUGGAAGGUAAUUUAGAAGCAGAGAAGAAAAAAAAAAAUUGGUGAAACUA